GGGGCUCCCAGUGCCGUACUGGGCCGGACUGGGGAGCGGCUCUGUCCCUUUAACAGCGCUGCCGAGAGCCUUCCUCCCGGGAGGGGCCGGCUGACAUCAGCUCGGGGCAUGAAUGAACAGCGCCCGAGCGCGCCGCCGCCCAUCACCGCGGCCGCGGGGCGCCCGUAGCCACCGCCGGCCUCGACGCGCCGCCGGCAUGGCCCGGCCGCCGGCCUUCCUCCUCCUCCUCCUCCUCCUCGCCACCGCCGGCGCCGAGGAAGUGGUGCUGCUGGACUUCGCCAAGGCCCAGGGCGAGCUGGGCUGGCUCACCCAGCCCUACGGCAGAGGGUGGGACCUGCUGCAAAACGUCAUGAACGACUCGCUCAUCUACAUGUACGCCGUGUGCGAGGUGCAGGCGGGCGAGCAGGAGAACUGGCUGCGCACCAACUGGAUCUACCGCGGCGAAGCCCGGCGCGUCUUCGUCGAGCUCCGCUUCACCGUCCGCGACUGCAACAGCUUCCCCGGCGGCCCCGGCGCCUGCAAGGAGACCUUCAACCUCUACUACGCCGAGUCCGACGUCGACUACGGCACCAACUUCCAGAGGCGGCAGUUCCGCAAGAUCGACACCAUCGCGCCGGACGAGAUGACGGCGCGGGAGGACUUGGCGGCGCGGCACGUGCGGCUCAACGCCGAGGUGCGCGCCGUGGGCCCGCUGAGCCGCAAGGGCUUCUACCUGGCUUUCCAGGACCUGGGCGCCUGCGUGGCCUUGCUCUCCGUGCGCGUCUACUACAAGAAGUGCCCCGGCGUGCGGCGCGGCCUGGCCGCCUUCGCCGCCACCGUGGCGGGCGGCGAGGCGCAGGGGCUGGCGGCGGUGCGGGGGGUCUGCGUGGAGGGGGCCGCGGCGGCCCGGCCGCCCGUGCUGCACUGCGCCGCCGACGGCGAGUGGCUGGUGCCCGUCGGGCAGUGCCUGUGCCGGGCCGGCUACCGGCGGGGCGCCGGCGAGAGCUGCGAAGCCUGCCCCCCCGGCUCGUUCAAGGCGGAGGCCUCGGCCGGCGACUGCCUGCCCUGCCCGGCCCACACGCUGCCGGCGGCCGCCGGCUCCGGCGCCUGCCCCUGCGAGGACGGCUACUACCGAGCCCCCGGCGACCCCCCCGGAGACCCCUGCACGCGGCCCCCGUCGGCGCCGCGGGGGCUGACGGCGGUGGCGGCGGGGGCCACGGUGCAGCUGCGCUGGUCGGCGCCGAGCGACGCGGGCGGCCGCCGCGACGUCACCUACAGCGUGAGCUGCGAGCGCCGGGGACCCGGGCCGGGGGCCGGGCGGCCCUGCGAGGGGGGGCUGCGCUACGGGGCGCCGCCCCGGGGGCUGCGGGCCACGGCGCUCGCCGUCGCCGACCUGGAGCCCCACGUCGCCUACACCUUCGCCGUGGAGGCCCGCAACGGCGUCUCGGCCUUCAGCGAGCACCGCAGCGUCGCCGCCGCCACCGUCUGCGUCAACUACACCGAGCCGCCGCGGGUGACGGCGCUGAGCCUCGACGGGCGCACGGCCACCAGCCUGCUGCUCUCCUGGAGCGUGCCGGCCCGGCAGCGUCCCCGCGUCUGGAAGUACGAGGUCACCUACAGCAAGAAGGCGGACGAGAACAGCUACUCGGUGCUGCGCUGCGAGGACGCCGCGGUGACGCUGGGCAAGCUGGCGCCGGGGACGGCGUACGUGGUGCGGGUGCAGGCGCUCACCCAGGAGGGACAGGGCGCCUACAGCCCCCCCCACGAGUUCGAGACCCUCCCCGAGGGCUCCGAGGCCACGGCCUCCGCCGCCGUCAUCAGCGGCUCCGUCGCCGGCGUCCUGGUGCUGCUGCUGCUGGGCGGCCUCCUCUACGGCUUGCGCAGGAAGAGGCGCUCGCGGCCGCGCCGGGCCCCCGAGGACGUCCGCUUCUCCAAGCCGGACCAGCUGAAGCCGCUGAAGACCUACGUGGACCCGCACACCUACGAGGACCCCAACCAGGCGGUGCUCAAGUUCGCCACCGAGAUCCACCCGGCCCACGUCACCCGCCAGAAGGUCAUCGGCGCCGGUGAGUUCGGGGAGGUCUACAAGGGCCUGCUGAAGCGGGGCGGCAAGGAGGUGCCGGUGGCCAUCAAGACCUUGAAGGCGGGCUCCACGGAGCGCCAGCGCGCCGACUUCCUCGGCGAGGCCGGCACCAUGGGCCAGUUCUGCCACCCCAACGUCAUCCGCCUCGAGGGGGUGGUCUCCAAGCACAAGCCCUUCAUGAUCAUCACGGAGUACAUGGAAAACGGCGCGCUGGACAAAUUCCUGCGGGAGAAGGCGGGGGCGCUGGGUGCCGCGCAGCUGCUGGCCAUGCUGCGGGGCGUCGCGGGCGGCAUGCGCUACCUGGCCGCCAUGAACUACGUGCACCGCGACCUGGCCGCCCGCAACGUCCUCGUCGACGGCCGCCUCGGCUGCAAGGUGUCCGACUUCGGGCUCUCGCGGGUGCUGGAGGAGGACGCCGAGGCCACCUACACCACCAGCGGGGGGAAGAUCCCCAUCCGCUGGACGGCCCCCGAGGCCAUCGCCCGCCGCCAGUUCACCUCGGCCAGCGACGUCUGGAGCUACGGCAUCGUCAUGUGGGAGGUGAUGGCCUUCGGCGAGCGGCCCUACUGGGACCUCUCCAACCACGAGGUCAUGAAAGCCGUCAACGAGGGCUUCCGCCUGCCGGCACCGCUCGGCUGCCCCGCCGCUGUCUACCAGCUCAUGCUGCAGUGCUGGCAGCAGGAACGCGGCCGCCGGCCCGACUUCGCCGCCGUCGUCGGCAUCCUCGACAAGCUCCUCCACGCCCCCGACGCCCUCGAGCCCCUGGCCGACUUCGACCCGCGGGUCUCCAUCCACCUGCCCAGCGCCGGCGCCGCCGAGGGCCUCCCCGGGCGCUCCGUGGCCGAGUGGCUCGACUCCAUCAAGAUGUCGCAGUACGCCGAGCGCUUCCUCGCCUCCGGCUACACCACCGUGGCCCAGGUGGCCGCCAUGAGCAGCGAGGACAUCAAGCGGGUGGGCGUGCGCCUGCCGGGCCACCAGAAGCGCAUCGCUUACAGCCUGCUGGGGCUGAAGGAGCAGCUGGGCGCCGGGGGCCCCCCCGUCUGAGCCGGGACCCCCCCCCAGCCGCCCCGAAAUACUUGAAGCGGAGCAAUGAAGGGCGCCCGGCCGCCGCAGAGCCGGUUUAUUUAUUGUUUCUACGAUGAAGAGCGGGGUUUUUCGGUUUUUUAUUAUUAUUAUUAUUAUUAUUAUUAUUAUUUUGAGCGGGCAUCCCGGCUCGGGAGAUGCCGCUCCUCCGCAAAGCCCGGGGCGGGGGGCAAAAACGGGUCAAGAAACCCCCUUUCUGGGAAAAAAAAAAAGGAAAAAAAAGGAAAAAAAGGGAAAAAAAGAAAAAAAAUCAAGUUAAAAUUUCAAACGUGGGCGCCAGCCGCCGGGAAAAAAAACAGAUUUUUUUUUUUUUAAAUUUUUCCCCCCUCCGGGCGGCUGGUUUCCCUAUAUUUUAAUUUAAAGCAUCUCGUCCGGGUCAAGGACUUCCCUCUUGCUAGGUUUAGGGGGUUUUUUGGGUUUUUUUUCCUUCUUUUUCUCUGCAUUUCAAGAGAAGGGCUGCCCUGGCACUCGGCCGUGGCUUUGCCCCCAGCCCGGCUCCUCGUUUUCUUCCCUUUUCUCUAUUUAUUCUGCCCCCGCGCCGCAGUCCUGCUGUUUAUUUUAUUUUUUCCCCCCCUUUACGCCGUUUGCUAUUCUACCGGUGUUACCUUUUCCCUCUUUUUUUUAAAAAAAAAGAACGUAAUUUAUUAUAUUUUUUUAUAUUUAUUGAGAGAAAUCAAAGCUCUUGCCAGAUUUCUGCCAAUAGAGAGGGGGGGAAAAGAAAAAAAAACUAGAAACACCUCUGGGAUCCCCCGAAGGUUUAACGGAUUUAUUUUCGUGAAGUUGAUUUUAAUAAAAUUGCGUGUCCUUUUUUGA